CACCAGUAGAGGCAUAUACUUUCCCCUGAACUUUUAAACGUUGCAAACGUGCAAAAACAUAAUUAUAUAUUUAUGUGGCAUUCAGUCCAAUGCUUAAAAUAUAUCUGUGGCAUUCAGUAGGCCAAUGCUGUGGUAAAGUGUGCAAAGUGUUUCUUUCAGUUUAAUAGAUAGAACUCUAUCAAUCCCUUGUAGGAGAAAUGUGUUAAUGUUUGUCCCUAUAAUAUAAAACAAUAAUGGUAAAAAAGAAAAAAUACAAAACAUGACGGUACCUAAGUAAGUCAAACCUUCCAAUCUGAAGGCUCUACUUAACCACUCCCCCUACUCACUUUCACCAAUGCAAAGCGAACAGAACUGAGUAGGGGAGGGCAUAGCCUAGCUAGUUUGUGAACGACCCAGAGGAACGCAACGGAAAUUCAAUGUGAACAUGUAUGAGGCUUCAAUAAAAUCCCGGACGAUUUUAAAAGUGUCUCAAAAAUAGGGCAUGUCCGGGCAAAAGAGGAAGUCUGGUUACCCUACGUACGGGAAACCCAGAGACUUGAGAGCCCUGAUAAUAAUCAUGAUUCAAAAUUAAAGGUCCCAUGAUGACAUGCUAUUUUAUGUAUUCUUUAAUAUAGGUAUUAGGGGGCAACUAACACAGUAUUCAAAGUCCAAGACGUUCCUGAAAUUCAGCCGUGAAGAUUGCGAUGACUUUGGAGACCGUAGCACACAGCACGGCGCCACCUCAGAUACUUUGCAUGUGGACGCCCCUGGCUCCUCCCACAUGUCCAGUCACAGCGAGGAGCUGAGGAUCCUAAGUUUCCACGGAAAAGGGAAGGGCCCACUGGCGCUGGACAGCCAUGACACCCUCUUCACGUCCGAACUGGAGGCCCUUGACUCGCUGUCCGCGGACCACAGCGUGGCCAAGAGCCUGGAGCAGCUGGUCCACCGCGAGGAGCUGACUGGAAAGCAGCGGACCCCAGACAUUAUUUUAAUCAAGGAAGAAGAGGAUAUUGGUGGAGGCAUGGCCGCUGUUGAAGACUGCGAUGACUUUCGAGACCGCAGCACACACAGCAGCAUCACCUUGGAUAGUCUGCAUGUGGAGGCCUCUGGCUCCUCCAACAUGUCCAGUCAGAAUGGGGAGCUGCGGAUCCUGAGCGUCCAUGGAAAAGGAGAGGGCCCACUUGCAGACGGCCAUGACACCCCCUUCACCGUGUCCGAACUGGAGGACCUAAGCUCGCUGUCCACGGACCACCGCGCGGCCAAGAGCCGGGAGCAUGGCAAGCGGCUGGUCCACCAUGAGGAGCUGACUGGGCAUCAGGGCGGCCACAAGGGCCGGGCCUGUGUCUUGUUUGGCAAGGGUUUUCCCGACAAUACCAAGAUGACCAUCCACAUGCGUAGCACCGGCGAGAGGCCGUGCUUCAUGCAUUGGUGCGACCAAUGCAUGAAGCGCUUCAGGACAAGGGGCCACCUGAAGAUCCACAUGAGGACUCACUCCGGGGAGAAGCCCUACGGAUGUGACCAAUGCAUGAAGCACUUCAGGACAAGUGGCCAGCUGAGGAUCCACAUGAGGACUCACUCCGGGGAGAAGCCCUACGGAUGUGACCACUGCAUGAAGCGCUUCAGUACAAGCUCCAACCGGAAGAGCCACAUGAGGACUCACUCCGGGGAGAAGCGCUGAAGGUGCCUGCAGUGCAACACCAGCUUCAGGGACCCUAGCAAUUUGCGUUGGCACAUGCUCAAGCACAAAGACAAUGGGGUGCUUUGACACAGGGCAACAGUACGCUUUGAUUGACACCUCUAUCCUUUAUUCGUUGAAAUGACUGCUGUAGCUUUUUUUUCAUUAUGAUAAAAGAUGCUUUCCAACUUUUGAUUCACUUUCUUUUUUAUUGUUAAAAUGUGUAAAUAAUGUGAAGGAUAACUUGCUUUUUCGAAAUUACGGACAAUAAAAUAUUAGAAUCAAUUUAAGAGCAUGAUCAUGGGAUGAUACAGGCAGCAAAGUUACCAAGUAUACAUUGAAUGAGACUAUUGGUGUACAUCGGAAACUUUGACAUUGUGAGUUAAUAAAAAGGAACCAUUAGAGACCAUCGUGGAGAGUUUAGAAUUGGCCAGAGGAGAGAGAAAGUUAAAUUGCAAUACAAUAUGGGUGAAGUGGAAUAGGCUGCAUGACAGUUAAAGGAAUCUAAACAAAGAAGUCAGUCAAUUGGUAUGGCGACACAUUAGUGCCAUACUAAUGUGUCGCCAUACUCUUGCUUCAUUCUUGCACACAACCGGCGUCUGGACCUACACUUCACUAAACUUAACGCGACCACUCACUCUCUUCGCACACACACACACUGCCAGUGAUAUUGCGUAUGAUACUUUCUCGUGCUCACGAGAUACUUUCUCUUCUCUUUACGGGUUCCGUAUUUCUUAAAUGUGAAGUUGGCAUUUUCUUUUCUUAUGGUGUAUUUUAUGUGCAUAAUAACCAACAAUAAAUGAAUUCAUUUAUAUCCAAAUAAUUAUGUUUCUGGAAUUGGUAUCUAGGGAAUAUUGCACUACGGUCCUCUAUGUUGUUGCACUACGGUCCUCUAUGUUGUUGCACAUAACAGAACAGGAGGUUAAUGACACUAUUUGGAUGUAAACCUACCAGCACUUUUAGCUGCUCAUGACAUGUUUGAUUAUUGUCAUUUCACUGCUAUCAUUCAUUAAAGCAAGUGAACAAAUGGAAACUUGUUCAUAUUUAUAAUGAAACAUCUGGAUAAAGCCAAGCAGACAUCUCCGACGUCGCGAAAGAAAUCAAACGAGUGAGUGGACCGCGAGUGUAUUUACAAGUAACGUUGCCCGGGAACCUGGAUAUACGAGCGCAUCAUCGAAAACAAAGAAACGAAAAUACAAAACUGUGAGACCAAGGAUGGAUGUGCCUUGCCCUAUCGAGGAGUGUGACUAUGUGGCUACACAUGCAGAAGCAGCAGUGGUGGUGGCCAUGCUGAACAUACACGCGACCACACAAGCUGCAGCCCCCAGGGAACCACACGCAAAUGCCAAAAUGGAGAAAC